UGAUGGGGCUGCGGGCGACCGCCCUGAAGAGGCGGCUGGAGGGCAGGCUGAAGAACCCUGGCUAUCUCAGCCGUGCCUUCAUAGCAGAGGUGCUCCAGCCCUCUGAGCAUCCUGCUGGUCUCUGGAAUUGCUCCCGCAGGUCCCUGUCCUUCCUGUGCUGGGCCCCCCGGAGCUGGCUGCAGCGCUGCAGGUGGGGCUCACAGGAGUGGAGCAGAACCCCCUGCCUUGUCCUGCUGCCUGCACUGCUGGGGAUGCAGCCCACAUUAAGAUUGGCUUUCUGGGCUGCAUGUGCACGCUGCUGGCUCAUGUCCAUCCACCAGCACCCCAAAGUCUUCUGCAGGGCUGCUAUUACCCCAGCCUGUUUCGAUACUAGGGGUCACCCAGACUCAGCUUGAAAGUUAAACUAUACUGCUCACCAGUAACUAAGGAAUUGUUGUUGACUAACUGGAAAUACAAGUUUUGGGAGAAUCAUAUUGUUGCACUGGAAGUUGAAACACCGACUCAGAUUUCUUUAGAAGAUGAAACAUCUGGUGAGAAAGAAGAUGUAGUGGUGACACUUCUGCCAGCCGGUCACUGUCCAGGUUCAGUCAUGUUUCUGUUUGAAGGUGAGAAUGGCACUGUGUUGUACACAGGGGAUUUCAGGCUUGCAAAAGGAGAAGCAGCCAGAAUGGAGCUUUUGCAUUCAGGGACCAGGGUAAAAGACAUCCAGAGUGUGUAUUUGGACACUACUUUUUGUGAUCCCAAAUUUUAUCACAUACCAAGCCGGGAGGAAUGUUUAAAUGGGAUCUUGGAGUUGGUGCGAAGCUGGACCUCACUGUCUCGUAAUCAUGUUGUAUGGCUGAACUGCAAAGCUGCUUAUGGAUAUGAGUAUUUAUUCAUAAACCUCAGCGAGGAACUCGGAAUCAAGGUGCACAUGAACAAACUUGAUAUGUUCAGGAACAUGCCAGAAAUCCUGUGCCAUGUUACCACAGACCAGCGCACGCAGAUCCACGCCUGUCGGCAUCCUCGGGAUGAAGACUGCUUCCGAGGGAACAGACUGCCCUGUGGGAUGACUUGCCUCAAUGGAACCCCCCUGCACAUAAUCAGCAUCAAACCUUCCACAAUGUGGUUUGGGGAAAGGAAAAAGAAAACCAGUGUAAUAGUGAGGACUGGGGAGAGAACGUACAGAGCUUGUUUCUCUUUCCACUCUUCGUACAGUGAGAUCAAGGAUUUCCUGAGCUAUAUCUGUCCUGUGAGCGUGUAUCCCAAUGUACUGCCAAUGGGUGGGACUGAGGACAAAGUUAUGGAAAUAUUAAAGCCCCUAUGCAGGUCAUACAGGAGAAUCAUGGAACCCAGGUACAAGCCCUUAGGAACACUGAAGAGAGCCCACAAGAGAGAAUUAUCUGAUACAGAUGAAGAUGAUCUCUUUGAUUCAGAAUUAAUUUCUACAAGACCUAAGAUUCCAAAACAGCAGAGAGGAGAGAGCAGGCCCUCCAGCACAGGACAGGCUGAAAAUUCUGAAGGAAACAUUAACGAGAGCACAGAAAGUUACAAAGGGACCACAACUUACACCUCCCUCAAGGUAGACUUCGUGGACUGUGAGGAAUCAAACGAUGAUGAUGAUGAUGAUGAAGAAGAACCUGAAGAAAAUACAGUUCAAUUUCUUUCCCAUGAGCCAGAUGCCACUUCCACAGCCAAUUUCAAUGGAGUAACUAGUGACCAGCAGGACUCUAGUGCCAAUGUCCCUUGCUGGGAUGAAUUUUUUACAGGUAAUAAACUAGAGGAAAGCUCUGAAAAUGAGGACAACCUCCCAUCCUCAGCAGAUGCUGGCGGGUCCCAGUCACUGUUCAGCGAUUCAGAGGGAGUCAGUGACUCAACACACAUCUCCUCCCAAAAUUCUUCUCAGUCAACACACAUAUCAGAGCAAGGGAGCCAGGGCUGGGAUAGCCAAAUGGACACAGUGCUCAUCACCUCCCAGGAGAGAAGUGCCCUGGACCUCGGCAGAGGUGGGAGCAGAGCAGGGGUUCCUGUGCUGCAGGAGAGCCCCAGGGACACUCAGCUGGACAGCAGCAGGGGGAAGGCACCAGGUCAGGACAGACCUUGUGCCCACGAUGGUGCCUCUGGCUUGAAAAGCAAAGGCUGUGAGAAAGCUGCAGAAGAUGGCACUGCCCACGUUCAGGAUGUGCUGGCAGAAAUAAGCGACAGCUCCAGGACUCCUGAUCUGGAGCUGAGGAGGGACUCCCAGAGCUCCUCUGACUUUGAAAUUCCCUUGACUCCUGGUGCUGAAGCACCUCAGCCAGAUAAACUGCACCAUUUAUACAAGAAGCUUGCAGCAGGUGAAAACAUAAUCAAUGAGAAAAAAGUCUCCUGAGAGCAGGUAUAACUGAUUACCUUGUGGUAAUACCAACAUAUCUAUUAAUACCUGAAUUAUUUUUCUCUUUCCUGCUGUUACUGUCUGCAGCUAUGCUGAGUCAUGCUUUAUUCACAAGUAUUUUACUGUCAGUACCAGGAAUUUGCAGCCUGUGUACCUUUAUUGUUCCUUCCAUGAAAUACUGAAAAGGAAAUAUUCAGAAAAUAUUCCCAGGAGGGACAGUAAAAGCCUACCUCCCAAGGUUCAAUUCUCCAGGACUGUAAGUAGACAAAAAAUAGACCAGACAAAACUAAGGGUAGGACACUAAAUGAAAUUUAGUGUUUAUCAUGAGCUCUAAGAGUUUGCCUUUGUAAUGUGAUCUCAGGUUUUAAUAAAAUAGCACACUGUUAACUGUGGGGAGGAAGACCUAAGUAUGACCAUGCAAACAAGGCAGUUGUAAUUUGGCUUUAACCCUAUUACCAUUGUUUAUCAUUAUUAUAACAAUUUAAUCAGUACUCACUGCAGUUAUUUUUAAAAAUAACUGCAGAACAGAUUAGAGAAUUACUGAGGUUGGGAGGGGGUUUUAAUUUGUUUGAAAUCAAACUGUUAAUUUCAAAAAGUCUCUCUUUACACUGAGCUUUAACUCCUGAGUUAGGUACUGCAGACUGCUGUCUAUGCUUCACAUCCAGCUCGUUGCAAACCACUUGUCAUCACUUCCUCUGUGUUCUGGUUUGUUCUGAAUUGUUCUUCAGAAAAACUUAAAGUCCUGUGGUUCCCAAGUUACCAGCCCUGUCCUGCUCUGGCCAGUAACUCAGCCACAGAUGUUAACCUGCUAUCUCAGACAGGCUCUUGUACUACAAAACUUCACCUCCUCUGCAACACGCUGUAGACUUCACUGUUUUAAAUCAAGACAAUAUAUUCUCCGUGCACACGUGCCAUCAUAACUGCCAAAAUUCUUAGCUUCUGACAUAGAAACAUAAUUCAAGUUUUUCCUAAACUGAAGUGCCUACAAAAUAUCUAAACCACAGAAGUCAUCUAAAAAUCCCUGAGGUUUUCCAUCCAUGGUCUUAAGUCCCAAAGAAUUAAACAUAAUUUAGCACAACAUCCCUCUCCUCCGAGUGUGCCUUCCGUUGUUGUGCCAUGUUUAGUAACAUGUGAAUGUGAAACCAACCAGCAUUCUGCCACAGGGAACAGAGGCAGGAGGGACAAAGCAUUGCUAUAAUCUGUGUAUGAUUCUAAGGAUAUUAAAGAUCUGUGUAUUUCUCCACUGUUACCUUUCCUGCUGUUUGUGGGAUUUGUUAACCUAAAUUCCAAAUGUGAUCUACCAACUUUGGGCGUUUUUUGGUAAGCCUGAGUGCGUGCAACUACCUCUGUGAAUAAAGUCAGACAAAACAGACCCUCUUCUUUUGGCUCAUUUCAUAUCUGAAAACUGUGCAUGUAAGGUCAAGGCUGCCCUUACCAGGAUGCUCAAAUAUACAGGAAUCCAGUCUGUUCAAGCAAGUGUAAAUUUAUACCAGUUCUCACCAGCCCUAAACUGAAAACACAUCACUUCCUCAUGGUCCCUCUGCUGGAGUCCUUACACUCCUAGAAAAUUUGGGUACAAGCCAGGAAUUAAGAGGUUGCAGUCUUAAAGCAAAUGCUAUAACUAACUUUGACAGGCUAAUUUUUUUAAAAAAUGACAACAGCAAGAGAAAAACUAAAUUUAAUUUAUUUUAUCAAAAACUAUAGGAAGACAGCAAUACUAGAGAUGACACGGUAUGAAAAGAAAAUGUUCCUGAGCUUACAAACUGCAUAUUCUAAUACAGUUCCUAAAACAUACAUUAAAAAUAAUCAAAAGAUUGACUUAACUUGGAGAUUAAAUAAAUAUACAAUAGCUUUUCUUACAGGUGAUCUUGCAGCUUUAGUUUUGCUACAAAAAACAGAACCAACAAAAAAAGAACAGCUGGAGGGCAGGCCACAGGUUACCAGCCCCCAAGAAGUGCAUACACAGGACUGAAUUGGUGACCAUGACGAUGCCAAUGGACCACACAGCAAAACAAAGGCAGAAGCUGGGCUGGUUUAGCUUCCCUAAGAAAUUGAAAACAGCUAUUUCUCCAUUUCCAGUUUGGCAAUUUUCUGCCAAACUCAUAAAAACAGUAAAGGGAGUUUUAAAAGUGACAGUGUUCCAUUAAGCUAAUUCAUUGACUGCAAUCCAAAUACACUGUGAAUAUGUAAAUAUAAAAUACUGUUCAAGGCUCCUAUGUUGGAAACUGGAUUCAUGUGUUUCCUUCAAAUAAAUACAAAAUACUGCUACCUCCCAGAACAUAAAUUAACAGUUCUUUAUUCAUGGCAGAAGAUAACACACGUAUCCUUAACAAACAGCAGCGUUAUUCCAGUGCUGGUGACAACAUUCUCUGCCUCUGGGAAAGGCAGACACCGCACUCCAGUACAACUGCCACAACUGUCACCUUCUAAAAUGCAUCUGCUUGCAAUAUUUAAAUCAAACUGGGCCUGGGGAGAGACAGAGCCCGGGGCCUGCCUGGAGUAAGGAAUCCAUCUCUGCCGCAGCUGCUCCCUCCUGCAGGGACAGCGCAGGCUGCGGCGGAUGAAGGAGCUGGAGACUGCAGGUUCCAUCCACACGGAAUGCACUGCUCAUUUCAGCUACACGCAAGGGAAAGCACUAAUGACUCCAAAUGAUGCAAGAUCAUCUAGAGUUUGCUGACAUUAAAGCUCCACAUUCCACUUAAAACUUUAAAUUAAAAAAAAUUCAUUAGAGAUAUGGCAUGAUAAAAACUGAUGAGAUUCAGCAUUUAUCAACUGUGGAUACAGGUUAGCCUGAUCACAUCAAAUACUUUUAAAUCUAAGCAAACUUCUUCCUAUUUAUUAAGCAAUAUAAAGUCUCUAUUUCAACAUCUGUAUUGUAGAUUAAAAACUCACACAGCAUUUUCAGCAGCCCAUGCUCUUCACCAAAAGUGUAAAACUGAUUUUGGCUAGUAGCAUAUAAAAUGUCAUUUGCUACCAAAGAGCCAGAUCUUCAGUACAAAUGCAACUGUGCUUCUUAAGAAACAACCUUGAAAUGCUCUUUUUGAAGUGCUAAUAAUUAACAUGGAAUUUAAGGCAUUUUCUAACAAAUUAAGUAAACAGUGACAUGCUAGGUACUUGACUUCAUUCACCUGAGCCAACAGCUGUGCACCUUAUAAAGGUAACUAGCUGACCUAUGAUACAUAGCCAGCAUCCAGCUAUGGAGCAUCCAUUUCUGGAGCAACAUUAUUCUGCCUGACCCUGUCAACAUUCACAUGACUGGUAAAGCAAUAGGCAAGUUUUACAAGCUCUGAAUCCAUGAGAAAAAAGCACGUGGAUCAUCCCUAUAGCAUGGAUCUUGGCUGUAACUCCACUCAUUACCCACCUCAACUGCUCUUCAGUGGUUCUGAAGCCAAGCAAAACUUAGCAAAUGUUACGAAUACAUUGAGAUAACUUUAAGAUGAUCAGGAAAAAAAAAAAAAAAAAAAAA